GGUGUGUGAGCGACCACUGCAGCCGUGCCUAUUCUUUCUCCUGACGUCCUUCCUUCUCCUAAGUGUCAUACGAUUUCGGGAUGUAGAUUUUUAACUGAACUGUUCUUAUUAAGAUAAUUUUGGGGGUGGGGGACGGCUGUUUAUUAACAAAAUAGCUACCCCUUAUGGGGGUGCAUUUUGAAACGGGGAUGUUUGUUUAUCCCAAACCAGAGGCUAGCUUCGUUGUUGCUAUAGGCUAGCUAGCACAUGUUUUCCGUUUUUAAAUAUACCUAGCUAGAUAUAAGUCGCUGUUUUGUAUUUAUUUAUUUAUUUUAUUUACGGAAAACAAAGUAUACCGAUAAAUAUUUCCUUAAUCUGUUUUUCUACUGGGGAGAUUUAUUCAAUCUUUAGCAGAGCGUAAGCUGAGUUUCAGUCCUUCGUUCCCAUUUAUUCUUUUUAUCAAGCUGUUCGCUAUUUGUCGAUUUUUGCCUUUCAGUAAGCUGGCUAGCGUUUCAACGCAGAUUGAUAGCUAGACCAAUUGAGCGAUUGAAUCAAGGACAUAAAGUAUUUCGGCCAAUAUUAUUUCGGAUGGCUGCCUAGGUAGCUGGCUAUGUGAUAAACGGAGGCGAAAUUGGUCGUGCUUGUAUUUAUGCCAAAAUGAUGCACAGUAUUGACAUUCGUUUCAUACAGUAGACUCUGGCCAAACAUGAACGAAUCUUAGUCGACUGUACGAAUUUAUCUUGUUUUGUUUGUUGCUGCUGUCGUAUUUUAUCACUGAAAAUGCGGAUCGUUUGAGGAUACCAGUCCCUGCUGCGACGAGCAGAGAGAGAGGAUACGACUCUCCUACACGGAUUCGCCGCUGGGAUAAGGCAUCGAUUGCCUUGGAACACUGGCUCGGCUGCGGAGCGGCCAAUGUCGACUGUUAUUUUCAGUUGGAUAUAAUACUGUAAAUAUAUAUAUAUAUAAACACAAAUAAUUUAUAGCUCUAAAAGUAGGGACACUCAGGGACAAUGUCUUCUCGCUCAGCACUACCGUCUGGCAAUGAACGGAACUCGGACCACCAUGCCUCUCUCACGGGCAGCCGCUCGGAGAAGGGCUCGGGCUGGUCGAGCCGCUCGCUCGGGGCCCGCUGCCGAAACUCCAUCGCCUCCUGCACCGACGAGCAGCCGCACAUCGGCAACUACCGGCUGCUGAAGACCAUCGGCAAGGGCAACUUCGCCAAGGUCAAGCUGGCGCGCCACAUCCUGACGGGCAGGGAGGUUGCAAUAAAAAUAAUUGACAAAACUCAGCUGAAUCCAACCAGCCUACAGAAGCUCUUUCGGGAGGUACGGAUCAUGAAAGGCCUCAAUCAUCCCAACAUAGUUCAGCUAUUUGAGGUGAUCGAGACGGACAAGACACUCUACCUGAUCAUGGAGUAUGCCAGUGGAGGUGAGGUGUUCGACUACCUCGUGUCUCACGGGAGAAUGAAGGAGAAGGAAGCACGAGCCAAAUUCCGUCAGAUUGUGUCAGCCGUCCAUUACUGUCACCAGAAAAACAUUGUCCACAGGGACCUCAAGGCGGAGAACCUUCUGCUGGACGCCGACUCCAACAUCAAGAUCGCCGACUUCGGCUUCAGCAACGAGUUCACCCUGGGGAACAAGCUGGACACGUUCUGCGGCAGCCCCCCCUACGCCGCCCCCGAGCUCUUCCAGGGCAAGAAGUACGACGGGCCCGAGGUGGACAUCUGGAGCCUGGGCGUCAUCCUCUACACGCUGGUCAGCGGAUCGCUGCCCUUCGACGGGCAGAACCUCAAGGAGCUGCGUGAGCGGGUGCUGAGGGGGAAGUACCGUGUGCCCUUCUACAUGUCCACCGACUGCGAGGGCAUCCUCCGCCGCUUCCUGGUGCUCAACCCCACCAAGCGCUGCACCCUGGAGCAAAUCAUGAAAGACAAGUGGAUGAAUGCAGGGUACGAGGGGGAGGAGCUGAAGCCCCACGUGGAGCCGGUGGAGGACUACAACGACGCCAGCCGCAUCGAAGUGAUGGUGGGGAUGGGAUAUUCCCGCGAGGAGAUCAAAGACGCCCUGACCAAUCAGAAGUACAAUGAGGUCACAGCCACCUACUUGCUGCUGGGCCGCAAAAACGAGCUGGAGGGCAGCGAGUCGCGCUCAGGCAGCAGCCUCUCUCUGGCGCGGGUGCGGCCCAGCACCAUCACCAACGGCACCAGCAAACACUCCUCCUCCUCCGCCGCUGCUUCCUCCUCAGGCUCCGCCUCCUCGCACAGCAAGACCCAGCGCAGCACCUCCACCUACCACCGGCAGCGACGGCACAGCGACUUCUGCGGCCCCUCCCUGCCCGUGGCGCACCCCAAGCGCAGCCCCACCAGCACGGGGGACGGGGAGCUGAAGGAGGAGCGCAUGCCCUCCCGUAAGGCCAGCUGCAGCGUGGUGGGCAGCCGCAGCAUACCCCCCUCCAGCCCCAUGGUCAGCAGCGCCAACAACCCCAACAAGUCUGAGAUCCCCGACCGCCGCAAGGAGAUCAACGCCACCACGAACAACAUCCCAGCCAGUGCCAUGACCCGCCGGAACACCUACGUCUGCACAGACCGCUCCAGCACCGACCGACACUCCCUCCUGCAGAACGGCAAGGAGAACAGCUCCCUGUCCCACCGGCUGCCCCCGGCCUCGCCCUCCACCCACAGCAUCGCGGGGGCGGGGGCGUCAGGCUCGUCUUCGGGCGAGCGUUCACGGCUGACGCGCGGCUCCACCGUCCGCAGCACCUUCCACGGGGGCCAGCUGCGGGACCGCCGCCCGCCCCCGCACGCCGCCCCGCCCACCUCCCCCACCCUGUCGCACGACGCCAGCCCCCUGCCCCACGCCCGCACCCGGGCCACCUCCAACCUCUUCAGCAAGCUCACCUCCAAACUCACGCGCAGGGUCAAUCUUGACCCCUCUAAACGCCAGAGCUCAAACAAGUCAGUCUCGGGCUGUACUCUUCCACAGGGAUCAAAAACAGUUAGGUCACAGACGAACCUGAGGGAGUCUGCAGAUCUCCGGUCUCAAGCCCCGGAUGCACAGUAUCUGAGUAAAAACACCAGUCGCCAUCUACCUGGGCAUCAAAAAGCGCCAGAGCCCCGGACCCCCCGAUGCGGCUGGGAUGUGAGGGUGCGGAGCCGCAGGGAGCCGGCGGAGGUGGUCCUGGCCCUGCGCGAGGCGGCCCAGGGCUGCGGCUGCCAGGUGCACCUGGCCGGCCCCUUCCUGCUGUCCUGCACCCAGGGCUCGGCCGGCUCGCGCGUGGCCUUCGAGGCCCAGGUGUGCCAGCUGCCCAGCGCCCCGCCCCACACCAGCGGCGUGCGCUUCAAGCGCCUGUGGGGGGCGCCGCUCGCCUUCCGGGACAUCGCCAUCAAAGUGUCCAAGGAACUGGAACUCUGAGGGCGACAGGGGGUGGGGGCGGAGGGGCGGAGGGGACGGACCCUGAGAGGGAGAGACACUGCCUCCCGAACCCUCCCCCACCCCCGCUUCCACGUCACGCAGACGCACGGACACGUACAGGUCGCCACCCCCCACCCUGACCCCACCGCCCAUUACCAGAGACUUCCCUGCUCCUGGGUGGAAAGAGUCCAACUGAUUUUAUUUUUAUUCCUGUUGAUGAUAUCGUUGUCGUCGUCAUAAUGAUUAUAAUUGUUGUCAUUAUUUUUUUUUGAACAGCUGCUAUUUAAAAUAUUUUUUGGAUUUUUUUGUUACAGGCAGGGGAUUCACCGUCUUUUGUUGUUGUUUUUUCUUCUUCUUUUCCCCCCAAUUCUCUUUUUUUCUUUUUUUCUUUUUUACUCUAGUUUGCAAGCAAUGCGUACGAUGUAUUUCAAAGUAGUUUGAAAACAUCAGGUCAGUCAAUGUCAUUCUAGACUACGGCCACCAGAGGGAGAUAUGCAGAAAUGCGCAGAGGUGCAGUCUCCAGAGAAACCGCUUUUUCUUCCUGGUGACUGGCUGCCAAUUUUAAGCCAAGAUUCCCUGUCCUGUUUUAUUUGUCUUUUUUUUUGUUGUUGGUGAGGGCAGGAACAAAGCCGUCUGACUUCACAGUGUACAAAGCUGAGUGCGUGAUGACUUGCUUUUCUGAGCCACUACAAGUUUCUUUUCUCCAUGUUAGCACAUUUUAAAUUAGAGUGUAUGACUUGUUCAUAUAUUAGCACUUUGAACUAACCGUAACCCCUCUGAAAAAUUCAACCCCCUUCUAAAAUGGUACCGUUCCAUGUCUGGUUUUUUUUUUUUUUUUUUUUGUAUUGAGACUCUGCACAAGAAUUCAGAUUAAUCGACAGUGACCGUUCCCUCUCUCGCUGCUCCUUUGUCCGCUGACAGAACUUUUCCGUGCCAAGCCUCGCCUCGCUGGGACUCACACUGGCCAGGCUCACCAGGGUAUGUUCGGUUUCCGUCGCCGUGUUCCCGGCUGUGACCGUUGCACAAAUCUGAACAGAAACGGUGAUAAUCGCGAUUGCAGACUCUUGGGUGGGGGGAAAAAAACGGAGGAAGAAACACGGCCGAGAACAGAGUGUUCUUGAGCGUUCAUUUUACAAAUGUGUUUCCUAGUUAACCAGCUAACAUGAAAAAAUAACUCCAGUAAGCUCUAUUUUGUAUUAAUCCUUGUUAGAGUGGUGAAAUUUAUAGGUAUACAGCUACACAUGCUUUCUGUCAUAAAUAUAGAGUCAGUAUAGCUAUCACUGGCUGUUGCUAUCACACAGCUGUUUUAAUGACGAUAUGGCUAUUUGACUCAUGAGCACAGGAAUGAAGGUUUUGUUUAAAAAAAAAAAAAAAAAAAGUACUCCUUAAUGUUGAAGGGCAAAUUGGACUUGCGAUUGUUUGAUAGCAGAGAUGCUAAGCAGCAUUUCAGGAAAUUUAAGACGAGCCCUCCUGUAACGUUACCUCCCUCCUGACACGCUUUGGCACUGACUGUUGCAGCAUUUUAAUUUUGCCAGCCCCAGCCAUGGCGUGCUUCUGAGCAUGCAUGCUGCAGAAUGGUUGCAGAGCUAGGAUGGCUGGUCCUCGCUCAGCCUGACAAAAAAAAAAAAAUCCUAAAAUGAAGUUGUGGUGUGUGACCAGGUUCUGGCCUGCUUCUGGCCUGGCAGUGGGGAACGGGCACUAGGGGCACUCAGUUGAACUUCAUCCCAGUGUUUCUUUUCUUGUCACUGAUCUUUUCCUGUCACCGAAAUCUUCACGUCCACCCACAGUUGGCACAUACACUUUGUUGUGUCUUGGAGUCAUUGGCUAUCUGCAGUGUGCUUAAAACACCAAGGUAUUUAAAAAUAGAAAAGGCUUUGAAGGUUUUUUUUGGGCUCAGGAACGGUGCAGUGCUUACUCUCGACUGUAUUUCUCGGGUUUCUAGGUUUGCAUUUCCAAAUGGCCCCAUGAACCUCUCAGGUGGCUGACCUCUGAUCAGUAAUUCAGAAUCUGCCUUACUGCUUGGACAGGAUCUAAUUGCUGAUUGGAGGAGACAAGGUGGGAGAGUGGUUUGGAAGGUUAAUCUGUGAUGUCCUAGGAGAGCCUACCAAGGCCAUCUCGGUAAGAAGUGGAGCUUGACGGGGGGGACUUCAGUUCCUUGCUCUCUCCGCGCAUGUCCGAAGUGCCAGUGUUUUGGCAGGUGCCAGUUUCCAAUUUGCACAACUCUCUGGCUUCCAGAAGACGCGUUGGGAGAGGUCCUACAGAACCCCCAUCCUGGAGGACCACGGCGUCCGUUAGGCCUCUGCCCUGCCUCGCAGCCUCCCUCCGCUCCAGGAUCACAGGUUUUCUAUGAUGUCCGAGUGCUUCAGUGCCUGCUCUCCGGGCCCCUGCACAGCACUGCUGUAGGCAGAACACACGUACUAGAACAGGUGCUAAAACACGUCUGCCGCACGGAUGCAUGUCGGCCGCAAGCGAGAGUGCUUUGUUCCGGUUCAGCCCGGGGGAGUCGCUGGUUCGAAUCCGGGGCGGCGCUUCAAGCCCACGGCUGGCCGGGACUUCGGUGGGCUGUGAGCGGCGGGGGCCCCCUUGAGCUCGCGUCACCUGGGACCUGGGAUCGGCCCGUCCGGGACCUGCCCUGCAGCCUCACCCGCUGGCUUGACCCGCAGGGGUGCGGCGGGGGACAUUUUAAACGUCCGGUCAGGAGAGCGGGAUGGUGUCGCUUUGAUGCUCCGGUCUCAUGUUCACCGCCCCCCCAAGUGUGUCCACCUGCCUCCCCACCAGAGGGGGGUGCCACUGGAAACGGACCGGCAGAUGAGGAUGGCUUAGUCUUUCUGGUGGCUUUCCUGUUUUUCUUACCUUUCCAUCAUGUUGUUUACAUGCAGUUUGUGACUCUCAUUCUUCUACACCGUUCGGUCCAUGUCGUUUUCAUUCCGUGUUGUUUUUCAGAUAGAUUCCAUGACCCCCUGAAUCCCAAGACCUCUGAUGCGUGCACACAAAUCAGACAUUGACCCCCAAAAUGGCAUUAACCCUUUUUCACCUUCCCGUGGUUCUCAUACAAAAACAGUAUUGCACACUGGAACUCCUGUACAAUACAAAACCCCAUUGGCGGUGGGGCUUACAGCAGGUGUAUCCAGGACACUUGACUUAUACUUAAAUCUGCCUCAUCCUGAGGAAUUGUGGGAAAUUCUAAAAGCUGGCCUCUGGGUGGGUAAAUGUCUUAAAUGUGAAAGCUGUGAUUUUUGGACACAUCUUUGGAUUUUCAUAAAAAAUAGUACCUUAAAAGAGGCGCCUGUCUUCUUUGGCUGGUCACAUAGAUAUUGUUAGCUCUUAGGGUCAUGUCUAAAGAGUAGGAUGCAGUAGGUUUAAAACAAUUGUUUCUACAGUGGGGGUGCCAUAACAAAUUAUUGCUGACUCGUGGUCGGUUUUAACUUAAAAAAAUAAAAUGACCUUUUCUCACACUGUCGAUUGGUCGGCUCAUUGAAUCCGAGCACUGUUGCUGAUUCAGAUAUGGAUCCAAAGUCACUAUUCCAAAUAUGAAGUCAGUGCAAGAUUACCAUUAGCUCAUUACCUCAGACUUGGCGUGAGCGUUAACAGUAGCAGUUGAUUUCAGUGGAUGGGGAGGGGUCCAGGGUCCCUCUUUGGCUUUUGGAGGUGAAGUUAGGACAGGGUGUCGGGAAAGUGUCCAGCAGGAACCUUGCUGGUGAUGAAGGAUGUAGAGGGGGCAUUUUCAAUGUGGAUUUCCAUUACUGGCGCUCAUACUGGGUAAGUCAACGGCGAGACUGGGCUUAUAGUGAGGGUUUAAAAGGAGCAAAACGAGCCAGUUGAAGGGGUACGGUUUGAAGGGGAGUGUGAAGCUGAAGUCCUUAAAACCACAGAUGUAUUCAUUGAGGAAGUCCGCUGCCUGCCUGAAAAAGAGAGCUGCAGUAUUCUUGACGUGUUCAUAGGGAGAAACCGGUCCAGGCCAUGUUCAAACCUUUGACUGUAAGAAGGGAAGGUGACAAAAUGGCAAAGCUGGAUCUCCGCAGGUUUCCAAAAAGUGCUUUAGUGCAGUCCCCCGAUCGGAACAGUGCCAACCAGUGAAGUUUCCCCGCUUUGUAGUCAUUGCUAUGGACUAAGUGCUAGUUGCGACCCCCGUUUGGAGUAGCUUUUCUGUCCAGUGUAGAGACUGUUCAAGAAACGGACCGAUUUUUGCAACCUUCCCUCAACGCUGUCUCGCUUGAGCGCUUCGUUAUACCCUCCCGUGCUGUAUGGAUAGAGGUGUUGCGUGGCUCAGCACUGUUAAUUUGAUCAGCGAUACAACGCACUUUCAGAUCGAGCUGGCAGGUGGGGGCGAGAAUCGGCACCGAUGCUGAUGUGGACUCUUGAGACAUCUGUUAGAAGUGAAACAGACGGUGUCGUCCCCACCCCAAAAAAAAUUAUACCGGUCCUGUCUUGACUACUGAGCACCAGUCCUGCUUCACCCACGAGUUGAGUGAGGGGACUCCCCAGCACACAAAAAAGGACCCCGAUGCCUUUUUGAACAUGGAGGUUUCUAGCAUAAGAAACGCACUGUGCCCUGUGCUCGAGUGUGUGCUGUUUGUCCCUCCACCUCAUCUGUACAGGCCCCACAGAGGAACACCCCAACCCACUGCACACACACUACACUACCUACAAACACGCACAACUACACCCACACACAGUACAAUACCCACUGCAGACACACUACACAACCCACAAACAUACACAACUACACCCAAACACAGUACACUACCCACUGUACACACGCUACACAACCCACUGCACACACACAACUACACCCAAACACAGUACAAUACCCACUGCAGACACACUACACCCAAACACAGUACACUACCCACUGCACGCACACUACACAACCCACUGCAGACACACUACACCCAAACACAGUACACUACCCACUGCACACACACAACUACACCCAAACACAGUACACUACCCACUGCACACACACAACUACACCAAAACACAGUACACUACCCACUGCACACACACAACUACACCCAAACACAGUACACUACCCACUGCACACACACAACUACACCCAAACACAGUACACUACCCACUGCACACACACAACUACACCCAAACACAGUACACUACCCACUGCACACACACAACUACACCCAAACACAGUACACUACCCACUGCACACACAUAACUACACCCAAACACAGUACACUACCCCUGCACACAUACUACUCUACCCACAAACGCACACAACCACCCCAAAACACAGUAUACUACCCACAAACACACACAACUACGCUCAAACACACAAAUACGCUCAAACACACAUACCUUACUCUCCCUGUAAAAAUCCAGCAGAGUGCUUGUAUUUGUAUCAUUGUGUAGAAAAACAAAGACGAGAAAAGAAAAAAUGGGUCAAUUUCUUUUUUUCUUUUUCUUUUUUUUUUCUUUUUCGAUUUUUAAAUUAUUAUUCUGGUACCGGCUGUGGUGCCUUUAGAUGUAAAGAAAAAAUGGGAACUACAGAAAAAAUGUUCAGAAAUAAAAAUUCACUGAUAUUGGA